CCGUCCUUUCUACGUCCCAGUCCUCAGUCAGCCGCCCAGUCCCUUUUCGCCUGAGGAACUCCUGCCCCUUGGGAACCAACGCCGCCCCCGCCUAGCUGGUGUUCUUUGCCCCCAACCCGCGCUGCAGGGAAUAGCGGGGCUAAGGAAGCCGAUCCAGCCAUGGCGACUCCGUCUGCUGCCUUUGAGGCCCUUAUGAAUGGAGUGACAAGCUGGGAUGUCCCCGAAGAUGCCAUCCCAUGUGAACUGCUUCUAAUUGGAGAGGCCUCCUUCCCGGUGAUGGUGAAUGACAUGGGCCAGGUCCUCAUUGCUGCCUCUUCCUAUGGCCGAGGCCGCCUGGUGGUGGUGUCCCACGAGGACUACUUGGUGGAGGCCCAGCUCACUCCUUUCCUCCUCAAUGCAGUGGGUUGGCUUUGCUCUUCCCCUGGGGCUUCUGUUGGUGUACACCCAUCCCUGGCACCUCUGGCCAAAAUCCUUGAGGGCUCUGGCGUAGAGGCAAAGGUUGAACCAGAAGUGAAAGACUCCCUGGGGGUUUACUGUAUUGAUGCCUACAAUGAAACCAUGACUGAAAAGUUGGUCAAGUUCAUGAAACGUGGAGGGGGCUUGCUAAUCGGAGGCCAAGCCUGGGACUGGGCCAACCAGGGCGACGAUGAAAGGGUUCUGUUCACGUUCCCUGGGAACCUUGUGACCAGCGUGGCCGGCGUGUACUUCACCGACAAUAAAGGGGACACGAGUUUCUUUAAAGUCUCUAAGAAGAUGCCCAAGAUCCCAGUCUUAGUUAGUUGUGAAGACGAUCUCUCCGAGGACAGAGAUGAACUCCUGCACGGGAUUUCUGAGCUGGACAUCAGCAACUCGGACUGUUUCCCGUCCCAGCUGCUAGUGCACGGGGCUUUAGCCUUUCCCCUGGGGCUAGAUUCCUACCAUGGCUGUGUCAUAGCGGCUGCCCGCUACGGCCGGGGCCGGGUGGUCGUGACUGGCCACAAGGUCCUUUUCACCGUUGGUAAACUGGGCCCCUUUCUGCUCAAUGCUGUGCGUUGGCUGGACGCGGGCCGCAGAGGCAAGGUCGUGGUGCAGACAGAACUGAGGACUCUGAGUGGGCUGCUUGCAGUGGGGGGCAUAGACAGCAGCAUUGAGCCCAAUCUGACCAGCGAUGCCAGUGUCUAUUGCUUUGAGCCCGUGAGUGAUGUGGGGGUCAAGGAGCUGCAGGAGUUUGUAGCAGAGGGCGGGGGCCUGUUUGUUGGAGCCCAAGCCUGGUGGUGGGCCUUCAAGAACCCAGGAGUAUCCCCUUUGGCUCGGUUCCCAGGAAACCUCCUCCUCAACCCCUUUGGCAUUAGCAUCACCAGCCAAAGCCUCAACCCUGGGCCCUUUCGUACUCCUAAGGCAGGGAUAAGGACCUAUCACUUCCGUUCCACCCUGGCCGAGUUCCAGGUUAUAAUGGGCAGGAAGAGAGGGAACGUGGAGAAGGGCUGGUUGGCAAAGCUGGGACCGGAUGGCGCAGCCUUCCUGCAGAUCCCCGCAGAGGAGAUCCCUGCCUACAUGUCGGUGCAUCGGCUCCUGAGGAAGCUGCUGAGUCGCUAUCGGCUCCCAGUAGCGACCCGAGAGAACCCUGUCAUCAACGACUGCUGCAGGGGUGCUAUGCUCUCCCUGGCCACUGGGCUGGCCCACUCUGGAAGCGACCUCUCUCUGUUAGUCCCAGAAAUUGAGGAUAUGUACAGCAGCCCCUACCUGCGCCCCUCGGAAUCUCCUAUCACUGUUGAGGUCAACUGCAACAAUCCAGGCACCAGGUAUUGCUGGAUGAGCACCGGGCUCUACAUACCCGGGAGGCAAAUUAUAGAGGUCUCGCUGCCUGAAGCCGCUGCCUCUGCUGACCUGAAGGUGCAGAUUGGCUGCCACACCGAUGACCUGACCAGGGCCAGCAAGCUGUUCCGAGGCCCCCUUGUGAUUAACCGCUGCUGCCUGGACAAGCCCACGAAGUCGAUAACCUGCCUCUGGGGGGGCCUCCUGUACAUCAUUGUGCCGCAGGGCAGCAAGCUGGGCUCCGUGCCUGUCACGGUUAAGGGGGCUGUGCAUGCUCCCUACUACAGGCUAGGGGAGACAUCCCAGGAGGAAUGGAAGAGGCGUAUCCAGGAGAAUCCAGGUCCCUGGGGAGAGCUGGCUACAGACAACAUCAUCUUGACGGUGCCAACCGCAAACCUUCGCACUCUGGAGAACCCUGAGCCGCUGCUACGCCUCUGGGACGAGGUGAUGCAGGCCGUGGCCCGGCUAGGGGCUGAGCCUUUCCCCCUGCGUCUGCCUCAGAGGAUCGUUGCCGACGUGCAGAUCUCAGUCGGCUGGAUGCACGCAGGCUACCCCAUCAUGUGUCACCUGGAGUCGGUGCAGGAGCUCAUCAGUGAGAAACUCAUCAGAACCAAGGGGCUGUGGGGCCCUGUGCACGAGCUGGGCCGCAACCAGCAGCGGCAGGAGUGGGAGUUCCCCCCGCACACCACCGAGGCCACCUGCAACCUGUGGUGUGUCUAUGUGCACGAGACGGUCCUGGGCAUCCCUCGAGGACGAGCCAAUAUUGCUCUGUGGCCCCCAGUUCGGGAGAAGAGAGUCAGAAUCUACCUGGGCAAGGGUCCCAAUGUGAAAAACUGGAACGCAUGGACGGCCCUGGAAACGUACUUACAGCUCCAGGAGGCCUUUGGGUGGGAGCCGUUCAUCCGUCUCUUCACUGAGUAUAGGAACCAGACCAACUUGCCCACAGACAAUGUCGACAAAAUGAAUCUGUGGGUGAAGAUGUUCUCCCACCAAGUGCAGAAGAACCUGGCUCCGUUCUUUGAGGCCUGGGCCUGGCCGAUCCAGAAGGAAGUGGCAACCAGCCUGGCCUAUCUGCCUGAGUGGAAGGAAAAUAUUAUGAAAUUGUACCUCCUCACACAGAUGUAAGGAGUGCCCAGCGAGGUGGCAGGCCCCACUGAAACCGAAGUCAAGAAAUGUAAAAGAGAAUUGACACAUCUCAGCAAAGAAAACUGAAGGAAUUUGGUUAUAAGUGAAGAAGAUCUCAACACAUUUCUGGAAGAGAGAAAGUGGAAGAAGUGAUAAUGAAAGAGUGCAGCUCCUUUCAGACGGAAUAUAAGCUGAUCUGAACAUGUAACCCCAAAGAGAUUUGGGCACCUGAAAAGUCUGUCUACUGAAGAAUUAUGUCAGUUGUGAAAUUGAACCCCAUCUCAUUCUACCCCAACCUUUGCACAGAAUACAGGCAACCUACCACUGGUUUCUGUUAAGUCUGUUGUUGUUGUUGUUUAUUGUUGUUGUUUGUGUAAAGGAAUCGAAUAAACUGCUUGAGGAAAGGUAGGAGUUGGUGCUCCAAAAUAAAUUUCUCUUUUGGGGAGAAAAGUGAGCCCCUAGCAGUUAGUUCUCUACAGAUGGCUGAGAUCCCUACUCAAGUAACCAAGUGAUUUUAGUCACAGAAAGGCUUACUGGAGAAGCAGACAGACCACACAAUGGCAGAGAGAACCCACGGCAACUCCUAUAAAAACAGUUAUACUGAUUCUUCAAUGCAAAUGGUCAGCUGGGAAUUCCCAGACAUUGAGCCUUACGGGUAGGGGUUGGGGGAGGGACCAGGGGAGCAGCAUGUGAGAAAAAUAAACAAUCAGGAGAUUUGAAAAAUAUAACAGACUCUAGGGGCAACAGUUAACAUGGAAGAAAAUGACUUAAAUAUCUUCGGAGACAUCUAAGGUGCAUUUGUAAGAUAAAAACAGGAUGCUACAAAGAAAGGGAAAACGCUGAAAAUAAGAGGAGCCCUUAAAUUGAAAUAGGACUGCCAAAAAUAUUUAGUAGACAGGCUGUAAAAUAAGCUUGAGGGAAUCUCCCUAGAUAUAGAGCAAAAAGAAAUAGAAAAUAUAAAGAGAGAAAAGAGACACAGACAAUAUCUAACUGUUAUGAGUUUCUGGAAGAGAGAACACAGGAAAUGUUGUGAAGAAAAGAAAAUUGAACAGAAAUAAGUCUCCAAAUUGAGAGGACCCUAUACAACCUACAUCUAGACAUAAUCUUGUGAAAUUUUGGAUAUAUAUUAAGGAUAGAGCGAAGAUACUGAAAGUGCCAAGAGAAAAAAAUAAAAUUAGGUCAUCAUAAUUAGCUCAACUAAAAAGGGAUGAGAACUAGACUGGGAGCCGAUUUUUCAUCAUCAACACAAUGCUAGAAGCCAAUAGAGAAGUGUCUUCACACAUGGAAAAUCUUUGUACCCAGAAUUCCAUAGCAAGCCAAACUGUCAAGAGUCAAGUCGAAAGGAAUUUUCCAACAUGCGAGUUUUCAGAAAGUCUACCCUCUUAGCACCUGGAAAGGAAGUUCUCUCUCACCUACUGAGGAAGUUCUCCGGCAAAAUGAGAAUGAAAAUCGGGAAAGAGAAAGAAAUGGAAUCCAGAAAACAGUGGACCUCACCCAGGAUGGCUGACUCCAGAGUGACAGUUAUCCAAUAGGAUAGCUCACUCCAGAGUGACCAUUAUCCAAUAGGAUAGCUCACUCCAGAGUGACAGUUAUCCAACAAGAAG